AUGGCUUCGGCCAUCCAGCAAUUUGCGUACACCACGGGCAAGAACGCAACUGACGGCGCUAUGAUCAUCGACGCAAUGGAUCUGCUGUACACUGGCCGCUUCUCCAGCUUCUGUAUCGUCUCGAGCGACAGCGACUUCACCCGGCUCGCAUCCCGCAUCCGGGAGCAGGGCGUCACCGUGUUUGGGUUUGGCGAACGCAAGACAAACAACGCGUUCAUUGCCGCUUGCGAUAAGUUUACCUACUUCGAUGUACUCAAUAUCCCACCCGAAGAGACGACACUUGCGGACCGCCCAUUCGGCUUCGUCGAUUCCCACCCUGUCGUCAACACCAUUCCCAGGCUGGGCAAAAGGCCUCUUGAUCAGUCAGCAGUAGAGGGCUUGUCCAGGGCCGUGAAUAGUUGCAGGAGCGACAUUGACAAUUGGGUUCAUCUAGCCGACGUCGGCGUCUACCUCAGCAAGAUCUCGCCCGACCUCAACGCACGCAACUACGGUUAUGAACGCCUGCGUGAUUUCGUGGAGGCCUCUGGGAUUUUGGACGUCAUGAAGAGAGAUAUGGGUGACCACCCUCCCGUUGUUCUGGUCCGUCUCAGAGAGCAUCGGGACCGAGUCUAG